CCAGACACUGACGACAUGCAGCGACAAAGUAGCUGGCAGUGUGAACGCAGCUUAACGAAAAUGAUCCCAUAGUACUACCUAGCGUCCAACCAGCGAUAAUACCCCCAGGUAAAUCUCACAGGCUGACGACAGGACGAUCGGACUAUGGAGAAGAUCGCCCAACCCUAAUCGUAGGACACUGCUGGAAGCCAGGUGGCGUUGUAAUGAAGAUCCAUAAGAAAAUUCUAACCCAUUACCUGUCCUGCACCUCGCCUGUAGAUAAGGAGGGCUACCUUUACAAAAAGAAAGAGAGGAACACAACCUACCUGCGCCGUUGGUUUGUGUUAAAGGGGAAUCUGUUGUUUUAUCAGGAGCGUCCAGGUGAUCGCAAUCUGUUAGGGGUGAUUGUUUUGGAGGGCUGUAUGGUGCAGGCGUGUGAGAUGGAUGGUCAGUUCUGUUUCUCUUUGGUGUUCACUGGACCAGGCCUUCGAACUUAUAGGCUGGCUGCUGAAAACCAGCUAAGCCAGGAGAGCUGGAUCAGUGCUCUGCUCUGCUCCGGUCACAUCUACCUUUCAAUGAUAGUCAGGGACAUGGAGAGACUCUAUGAAGAAGCUAAAAAAGAGAAAGGCCUUUGUUAUUCCACACAGUCCUCUGCAGUGACUUCUACAUUGGGUGAGAAAGUACCAAAUAAUACAAUGGCUUCCUGGAGCACGGGACAUUCUUAUUUCAUGCAUGGGGCUUCCAUAUUACCCAGAGAUGGGAGGAGCUACAGUACCAGUUCAGUACCACCUUCAUCUAUGCCAAAAAGACCCAUCAGCUGUAGUCUUCAUGCCCCUCCUGUUCCAUUCAAAACUACCAAUAAACGAUCUCCAAAGGUCUGGCCAAAGAGAAAUGCCCAUGUCACACCCUUAAAUAGUGCUGCACCAUCUUAUGGGGAGUGGCCAGUUGUGAGCUUUGAUCCAUUAGAAGAAUUCAGUAAACUGCAUGAGUACUAUGGAAAUGAGAUUAAGCAGCUAAGAGCCGAUUGGCUAAAGAAGCGUGAGGAGGAGGGAUACAUUGUGGAAGACCUCAUUGAUCUUGGCUAAUUAGAGUCCACACUAGUGUUAUCACAUAUCCGCAUUAAAAAAAAUCAUGUUUUUGCAUUGUUAAUAUCCUAUCUGGCAUCACUAGUCAUGGAUGCAGAUAAUGAAAUACUAUUAGAAUUCUACUGUCUUUUUAAGGUUCUGAAAGUAUGUGGAGCACCACUGACUACUGAUCCUAGUGUCCUUUCUGGUAAAGGGUUUCUCAUUUCCUCUUGGCAGUCAGGUUUCUGUACAUCUCAGCACAGUUCCCAGUUGCAUGAAUUGCCAUUAAACAAAACCAAAAUCACCAGUAGUUUACCUCCAAGUGCAUCUGCAAUAGUUUGCAUUCUAUCCAAAUGCAGUUAUAUUUGCAAUAACCCAGUUUCUUGAACCGAAAAGGAUCACCAAACAGGAUUAUUACUAGUGAAAAAGAAGAAUUAGUCUUCUUUUAAGAUGACAUGUUGGUUGUGGAUUUGUAAAGGCAAAAUAAUAAUUUAUUACUUAGUUGAAAAUGUAUUAUUUUAUUAUUAAUUAUCAUCCUCUAAUAUAUACAAGGAUGUAGCCUAAAUGUAUACAAUUGUAUGCAAUUUUAAUCGGUUUGGUCAUUUUGUAUUAAAUUAGAAAUAUUUAUGUUUUAUCUGAUAGUAAGGAUGUAAAUGAAGUAUUAGAAGUAAAGUGUGGCUCGGUUCAAACACCAGACUAAUGUGAUGCUGUGCGGAGGAACAUGCAUAAAAAAAAUUAUUUCAUAGUUUCAUAGUUCUGCCUUACAGAUUGUUUUUUUAUUAUUUAUUUUAUGUUCAGGAGGUUUCACAAACAAACCAAAAUACACACCCUGCCUCAUCUUCCUCUUUCACUUCACCUCAAUUCUUUAGGGAUGUAGAUGUCGUUUGCCUUUGUUCUCUUGACUCUACAGAAUAAUUUAUGCUUAACUAUUUGAAAUAUUAAACACAAUAUUUAAAAUCAACAUAUUCUUG